GGCACCUGCAGAGCUCCAUCCUCGCCGGGUCCCUGGCAUGUUGUGACCGGGCGCCGCCCGCCGAUGGCAUGGCUCUAGCCGGACUGUACCCCGAGCAGUGACACAGCAGCAGCAGCAGCGUCGUCUCGGUGCAGAGCCUCCCUGUUCCAUGGGAGUCUGGAGGACAUCUUCUCUGUGCAUUCUCCAGCAGAAGGCGAAUUAGCAAAUUACCGAGAGCGGCUCCGGCAAUAACAAGGCGUCAGCCAUGCCCGCGGGGAGCAGCGAGCCCGAGAGCGCCCUCAGCUACCAGAGAUCUGAUGAAGAAGCUGUUGUUGACCAGGGUGGAACCAGCUCCGUUCUUAAUAUUCAUUAUGAAAAGGAAGAGCUUGAAGGACACAGAACGUUGUAUGUUGGAGUUCGGAUGCCACUGGGUCGGCAAAGCCAUAGACAUCAUCGGACACAUGGACAAAAGCACAGAAAACGAGACCGCGUGAAGGGAGUUAUACAAGAGGAAGGCCACGAUGAGUCACUGGCUCAUGACACACCGUCCCAGAGAGUGCAGUUCAUCCUUGGAACAGAAGAGGAUGAAGAACAUGUUCCCCAUGAGCUGUUCACAGAGUUGGACGAAAUCUGUGUUAAAGAUGGUGCGGAUGCUGAAUGGAAAGAGACAGCAAGGUGGUUAAAGUUUGAGGAGGAUGUAGAAGAUGGAGGAGAACGCUGGAGUAAACCAUAUGUCGCCACCCUCUCUCUACAUAGUCUUUUUGAACUGAGGAGCUGUAUUAUAAAUGGAACGGUUCAGCUGGACAUGCGUGCAAACACCAUAGAGGAGAUAGCAGAUAUGAUCUUGGAUCAUCACGAUUCUUCUGGGGAAUUAGGAGAUAAUAUUCGGGUAAAGGUAAAGGAAGCACUUUUGAAAAAGCAUCACCAUCAAAUUGAGAAGAAACGUAACAAUCUCAUUCCAAUGGUGCGCUCUUUCGCAGAAGUUGGUAAGAAGCAGUCAGAGCCUCAUUUACUAGACAAAAAUAGUCUGUCAGUCUUUCCACAACCUACCCCCUCUACUUUAGAAGUCAAAAAUGGUGGAAACCAUGACAACAGCAGUGCUGUUGAUCUAAGCAAGGUGGAUCUUCAUUUCAUGAAAAAAAUACCCACAGGAGCAGAAGCCUCCAACGUACUAGUUGGAGAAUUGGAUUUCCUAGAGCGACCAAUUGUAGCCUUUGUCCGUCUGUCCCCAGCAGUUCUUCUUACUGGACUGACAGAAGUCCCUAUACCUACAAGGUUUUUAUUUAUCUUACUGGGGCCAGUAGGAAAAGCACAACAAUACCAUGAGAUUGGCCGAUCGAUGGCUACCAUAAUGACAGAUGAGAUUUUCCAUGAUGUUGCUUACAAAGCAAAAGACAGAGGGGACCUGUUAGCUGGGAUUGACGAGUUCUUGGAUCAAGUAACGGUGCUCCCCCCAGGAGAAUGGGACCCAUCGAUCAGAAUUGAGCCACCAAAGAAUGUUCCUUCUCAAGAGAAAAGGAAGAUGCCGGGAGUCCCCAACGGAAAUGUCUGUCAUGUGGAUCCUGAGCCGGAGCAUGAGCACAGUGGGCCUGAACUGCAGCGCACGGGGAGGUUGUUUGGCGGUCUGGUGGUGGACAUUAAGAGGAAAGCUCCUUGGUACUGGAGUGACUACAGGGACGCGCUGAGCUUGCAGUGUGUGGCUUCUUUCCUCUUCCUAUACUGUGCUUGUAUGUCUCCGGUCAUCACAUUUGGGGGCUUGCUUGGAGAAGCUACAGAAGGUCGAAUAAGUGCAAUAGAAUCCCUGUUUGGUGCUUCUAUGACAGGAAUUGCUUAUUCGCUGUUUGCUGGACAACCCCUCACCAUUUUGGGGAGUACAGGACCCGUGUUGGUGUUUGAGAAGAUUCUUUUCAAGUUUUGCAAAGAAUAUGAACUGUCAUAUCUAUCACUGAGAGCGUGCAUUGGGCUGUGGACGGCCUUCCUCUGCAUUGUCCUGGUGGCCACUGAUGCCAGCUCUUUGGUUUGUUACAUUACGCGUUUUACAGAAGAAGCAUUUGCCUCACUGAUUUGUAUUAUUUUUAUCUAUGAAGCCAUAGAGAAGCUGAUACAUCUGGGGGAGACAUAUCCUGUUCACAUGCACAGUCAACUGGACAAGCUAACUCUUUAUUACUGUAAAUGUGCUGCCCCAGAAGCGCCAUCCAACAACACAUUACGCUUCUGGAGGAAUAAUAACAUCAGCCUCUCUGAAGAUGACUGGGCCAACCUCACAGUUAGUAAUUGUAAAAUGAUGCAAGGAGAGUUUGUGGGACCUGCCUGCGGACACCAUGGGCCGUACACUCCAGAUGUCCUCUUCUGGUGCUGCAUCCUGUUUUUCACUACGUUUGCACUGUCCGGCACAUUGAAAACCUUUAAAACGAGUCGCUACUUUCCUACCAAGGUGCGAUCAAUGGUGAGUGACUUUGCAGUGUUUCUCACAAUCCUGUCCAUGGUGAUUAUGGAUUAUUUAAUUGGCGUGCCCUCACCAAAGCUUCAAGUUCCAAAUGAAUUUAAGCCAACCAGAGAUGACAGAGGAUGGUUUGUAAAUCCUAUUGGAGAAAACCCCUGGUGGACCGUGUUCCCUACAGUAAUCCCUGCCCUCUUGUGCACCAUUUUGAUAUUUAUGGACCAACAGAUAACUGCUGUCAUUAUCAACAGGAAGGAACAUAAACUCAAGAAAGGAUGUGGCUACCACUUGGAUCUGCUGAUGGUGGGGCUGAUGCUCGGAAUCUGCUCUAUCAUGGGAUUACCCUGGUUUGUCGCCGCUACUGUCCUCUCCAUCACCCAUGUCAAUAGUCUUAAGUUGGAAUCUGAGUGUUCGGCUCCAGGGGAACAGCCCAAAUUUCUUGGCAUUCGGGAGCAAAGAGUGACCGGCCUGAUGAUCUUUGUGCUUAUGGGUUGCUCUGUGUUUAUGACUACAGUGUUGAAGUUUAUACCGAUGCCGGUACUCUACGGAGUAUUUCUGUAUAUGGGGGUCUCUUCUUUAAGAGGCAUUCAGUUCUUCGACCGUCUCCUUCUGUUUGCAAUGCCAGCAAAACACCAGCCGGACUUUAUCUACCUGCGGCACGUUCCUCUGCGCAAAGUCCACCUUUUCACUAUAAUCCAGCUCACCUGCCUGGUUCUACUUUGGGUUAUUAAAGCUUCUCCAGCUGCAAUUGUGUUUCCUAUGAUGGUCCUGGCUCUGGUGUUUGUCCGCAAAGUAAUGGAUUUCUGUUUCACUAACCGGGAGCUGAGCUGGCUGGACGACUUGAUGCCGGAGAGUAAGAAGAAGAAACUGGAUGAUGCGAAGAACAAAGCCAAGGAACUGGAGGAAGCAGAGAAGAUGUUGCAGGCUUCAGAUGAUAAAGGAGCACAGCUUCCCUUAGAAACCAGAAAGUUAUUGGGCAGCCCUGGCAGAAACAAUAAUACACGGUGCGAUCCUUCUGAUAUAAAUAUCUCGGAUGAGAUGCCGAAAACUACUGUGUGGAAAGCACUCAGCAUGAAUAACGAAAGCUCAAAAUCAAAGGAGAGAAGCUUUUUGUAAAUAGGCGUCUUGGCAAGUGAAGGACACUGCGAUGACUCAGGGAAAGGCCAAGACCCAAAUGUGGCAUACCGUUUUUGAAAGGAGACCCCGUAUUUUCUUCACACGAAGGAUCCAUGUUAAAGCCAUCCGAAUUUUUUUCUUAUAUAAAUGUAUAGUUUUUCUAUUUAAUUUUCAGUGUGUGCUUUAACAAGCUGGUAUGGUCCAGUGCCAUCGGUGCACAUGUAAAGAGGGAGUCUCCACCACAGCAAUCUCGAACUGGGACUUUACAUGAAUUCAGUGAAAGCGUGACAAGAAGGAUUCUGAGAAUCUCACAAGAUCCACUUACCCCUGUGAGGGGAACAUUCAGACUACAUAUUACCUGUUCUCCUAUUUGCCAGCCAAAAUAGAAAUGUUACUAUGUACUCCUAGCACAUGAGUAUAGUCUAGAGUUUUGUACGACAUAGAAAACAAUAUAUUCAGACAUGCAGUGGUAAUUGGCUGGUUGUCUUGCAAAAUACAGGUUCACAGCAUCUAGACCGCUGGCAGGGGCCUGACCUGGGUGGGCGCACUGCUGUUUGGUGAGAUGUAAUGUAUUACAAUCAGUCAGUAUGCAGUUAGAAUGGAGUACACUUUUAUUUAGUUUUUGUGCCUAUAAUUUCCAGCCCAGAAGUCUGAGCAGUGUAUGCUGUGUAGAUAUAGCAGUGCUGAAUUUGUCAUUUAACUAGUUGCGCCAUGAUAGCACAUUAUAUUACCUGUGGUUUUGACAUAGGAAUACAGAUAAACUUACUAUGUACCAGCCAGAGUACUUUUUUUCAUGGGACUGUCUCGCAAACCGGUGUAUGAGACAACAGAGCUUAUUAAAAAAAAAAACUUAAAGUGUAACUGCCAUUCUAUUUGUAUUUGUGUAAUGUGUAGGGGCAGUGAU